AUGGUGGCGGCUUCAAUUGUUUUGAUCUCACCUUGUAAUGUUAAAUCAUCAUCAGUCAAGUUUGACGGCUAUGUUGGUCUGAAGCAAACGGUGUUGGUGAACUCGUGGAGUCCGAAGCCGUCUUCAUCAGUUCAACAAAAUUGUAGGAGGAAUUCUGUAGUCAUCAGAGCAAGUGAAACCCAAUUUAAUGGACCCGUUAAGAAAUUGGGUUUGUCUGAUGCUGAAUGUGAAGCUGCUGUUGUCGCCGGAAACGUCCCUGAGGCGCCACCGGUCCCACCCAAACCAGCUGCGCCGUCUGGAACCCCAGUUAUGACUUCACUGCCCCUAAGUCGACGACCACGUCGAAAUCGUAGAACGCCAGCAUUACGUGCUGCCUUUCAAGAAACAACUUUAUCUCCAGCAAACUUGGUAUAUCCUCUUUUCAUUCAUGAAGGGGAAGAAGACACACCAAUCGGAGCAAUGCCUGGGUGUUACAGGCUCGGAUGGAGACAUGGUUUACUUGAAGAGGUCUCAAAAGCCCGGGAUGUUGGUGUCAACAGCAUCGUGCUCUUCCCUAAAGUUCCAGAUGCUUUAAAGUCCCCAACCGGAGAUGAAGCGUUCAACGAAAAUGGACUAGUGCCAAGAACUAUUCGGUUACUCAAAGACAAGUUUCCAGAUCUUGUUAUUUACACAGAUGUUGCUUUGGAUCCUUAUUCCUCGGAUGGUCAUGAUGGCAUCGUGAGGGAAGAUGGAGUCAUAAUGAAUGAUGAAACUGUCCACCAGUUAUGUAAGCAGGCAGUUGCUCAGGCCAAGGCGGGGGCUGAUGUUGUUAGUCCUAGUGAUAUGAUGGAUGGGCGUGUUGGAGCUAUUCGAACGGCUCUUGAUGCUGAAGGUUUCCAGCAUGUGUCAAUUAUGUCAUACACAGCAAAGUAUGCAAGCUCAUUUUAUGGUCCAUUUCGUGAAGCAUUGGACUCGAAUCCAAGAUUCGGUGACAAGAAAACUUAUCAGAUGAAUCCUGCAAACUACAGAGAGGCACUGAUUGAGACAAGUGAAGACGAGGCUGAAGGAGCUGACAUCUUACUGGUCAAACCAGGAUUACCGUACUUGGACAUUAUACGGCUUCUCCGAGACAACUCCUCUUUGCCUAUUGCUGCUUAUCAGGUUUCUGGCGAAUAUUCAAUGAUUAAGGCUGGUGGUGCCCUAAAAAUGAUUGAUGAAGAGAGGGUCAUGCUAGAGUCGUUGAUGUGUCUUAGGAGAGCUGGAGCGGACAUCAUCCUCACAUAUUUUGCCUUACAAGCUGGUAGAUGCUUAUGUGGAGAGAAGAGAUGA